AUGUUGGAGGUUAUAAAUGGAUUUCUUUUGGUUUACUUUGUUCUGUUGUGUACACUCAGUGUUUUAGUUCCUCAAUUGGUGAAGCCAAUUGCGGCAUGUUUUGCUAGGCCAUCGAAUGAGGAGCGAUCGGUAUGGUCAGAAAUACUCAAACUUAAAGCGGAACAAAAAGGCAUUUCUAUGAAAGAUGAGUUCGCCGCUUAUUCCAAGCUGCAGAGGAAAAUCAAUAAACUAGAAAGUCAGUUGAAAGAUGAUUCACAAACACGUAUUGGGAAGAAUUUAGCUGUUAAAAGUACUAUACAGUUGGUUCUUCAAGUUGUUGUGGGUGUCACGACGGUACUGUCUGUCAUAUGGUUUAGGCGGGAACCCAUUGUCGCCUUGAAAGGAGAUCUGUUUCCUUUAACAACCAUGCUAAGGUACCCCAGUGACAUGCCAAAUGCUAUCUCCACACAUGUCUGGGUGCUAAUAACUAAUGUUUCCAUCAGAACUCUUCUAAAGCCUGUUAUUUCUUAG